AGCUGCGCAUAAUUGACGCGCGUGAGUCCUAGCCGGCAUGAGCCGGAAAUGUUCUGACGAGCUACCAGCGGAGGAGGGGAUGGAGGUGGACUGUACGCCAGAGGACCUGUCGAGGUGUUCGUAUGAGGAGCGCUGUGUGGAGCUGGGGGAGGUGAAGGACAUGCGGCUGGAGGCUGAGGCGGUGGUCAGUGAUGUGCUCUUCGCGGUCACAGACAUGCAGGUCUCUCACAGUCUCACCAGCGGACUGGAUGUGGCCUACAUAAACGUGGAGACCAGAGAGGGAAAGCGAUACUGCUUAGAGCUCACUGAGGCAGGGUUAAGGGUGGUGGGACACGUCUUCGAUCAGGUGGAUGAGGAGUUGAGCUCCCAGUAUCAUGAGACUGUUUACUCACUGCUGGAUUCUCUCAGCCCUGGAUACAGAGAAGCGUUUGGAAAUGCUCUGCUACAGAGACUGGAGAGGCUCAAACAAAACGGACAGUGAGGGCUUCAGUAUCAUUCACAAUAUCUCUGCUCGCUAACAGUUCAGUGCCGCUCUCAGCUUAAAGCAUCAGUGGUACCUUUUUCAGUUUUUAGCCUGUGAUAUGUUUUAACAGAUCAUCUUCUGACUUGCCUGUGAUGUUUUAAAGUAUUUUACUGUUAUUUGGAGAGGUAUCAUUGCUGUGACACAGCGGGCCCAGAUGAAUACUCCAUUUUUAUUCAUAUUUAUGCAAAUGAAAUAACCCUCAGAAAUAGCAACGUGCUGUUUUGAGGACUAUCGGGAAAUGUUUGAACUAAAGUCUUUUGUGUUCACAUACUAGUGCUCUGAUUUUGGAUGAACUGGGUCCUGCAAAUAUGAGUUUUAGAGCUCCAUACUGUACUUCGAUUUUGGUGUUUUUAAAAUCUGGUUUUAAAUAAUGAUUUUUAUUGAAAGAUUUUAAGUUACGCAGAACCCUUGAUUUACUGGUCAAAACAAAAUGCUGAGUAUUGCACUAAGUGAGAUAAAGCAGCCAUUUGCUGACUUUGUUUGAAAAGGCUGUGUAAAAAUAUGCUAUUAAGUUACAUUCCAUUUAAGUUCAGUUUUGAGCAGAAGGAAGAGAUUCAUUUAAAUAAAUGCAUUAAUACAGGAAGUUGUUGUAUGAUGGGUUUCUACCUCAUGUUGGGUGUUUAUUUUGACCUCUUUAGCAUGCCUGUGAAAUUGAUGUGUGUUUUCAGCUGGCAGGUGAUAAUGGUAUGCUGUUUUGUGAUAAUAGGAGCAAUGGACAGAAUUGGUCGUCUGGUUUUAGCAAAUUCCUGUGAAACCCAAUACUCUCUGUAUCUAUCCCAGACAAACCUGCUAAUAAUUUACAGAAUGUUUGCUUAGAUAACCAAGACGAAAAAGGGUUUCAAUGAUGUACAUGGCACAAAUAACUUCUGUACCUGAAGGAAUGUUGCUUGCUUUUGUUUAAUUGUAAUAAAAAGCACACAUUCAAAUGCUA